AUGGAUUCCCAAGAUUCCGAAGCCACCUUGGGAUCCAAAAGAUCAGAAAGCCAGGAAGUUUUGGAACAGUGCUCUCGGCUGUACGAUUCCUUGACGAGCCUAAAUGACAGAUUGGGCGGGGUUGCUAUUUCAUCACCCACUGACCGUGGCACAAAACUACCCUAUGUUCUAUUGGUUGGGAACCACUCUUCUGGCAAGUCCAGCUUCAUCAACUACGUCUUGAAAAGGAACAUUCAGACCGCUGGUGUUGCUCCGACAGAUGAUAAAUUCACUGUAAUUGCACCGGGGGCAGAAGAUAAAGAUUCUGAUGGUCCAACUUUGGUUGGUGAUCCUGAUAUGGGUUUUGCAAGCCUUCGUCGAUUUGGUCCUACGCUAAUACAUCACACCCAACUAAAACAACGAGACUCUCAUUUAGAUUUCAUGCUCGUUGACUCUCCAGGAAUGAUUGAUGCGCCUGUAAAUUUGAAUCAAAAGGGAAAUAAUGUUAUGGACCGUGGUUACGAUUUUCCAGGUGUAGUGCGAUGGCUGUCGCAGCGAGCCGACAUUGUCAUGCUCUUUUUUGACCCAGACAAGCCUGGGACCACAGGAGAAACGAUGGAUGUUCUAUUAAGGUGUCUCUCAGGAAUAGACCACAAGCUGAUUAUCAUUCUGAACAAAGCAGAUCAGUUCUACAAAAUCCAUGACUUCGCACGAGCAUACGGAUCCCUCUGCUGGAACCUAAGCAAAGUCAUUCCACGUAAAGAUCUCCCUCCAAUCUAUACAAUGAGCCUUCCAAACGAUCAAAAUCAAACUUCGACACUUGCCGAGAGUCUACGAGAUCUAGAGCACACUAGAGACGAAGUUGUACAGCAAGUGAUGCAAGCGCCAAAGCGUCGGAUUGACAAUGUGAUCACUAACCUUUUUGAUUCCACCUCGAUGCUAAUUUUGUACUCGAAAAUUUGGAAUGACGUAGUAUCGCGAUUCGUUAGGGAAUGGAGAAGUUGCCGCCUUCAAGAGGCCGGAUGGUCAUUAGUUGGAGGAGCAGGGUUUGGUGGCUUGAACUACCUUGCAAUAGAUCCAAUGAUUCAGGGUGGUGUCUUUGGUGGGUCAAUCCUUUCGGUAGGUGCUUUGUUCUGGUAUCACCAGACGUACCUUCAACGCAUGCAAGACGACUUGACAAGCUUGGAAGCUUUGAGCUCUUCGUUCCAGCGCACUCAUGCGCUUCAAGUCCACGACGGGGACGAGUUCACGGCGAGUCUCUAUCAAAGAAGUCGAGUUUCUCUACAAAGUGCUCUAAAAAAUGAAUUUGCAAGUGGUGGCAAGUUGCCAACUGUCUCCGAAAGCGAGUUGCAACGCCUGCAAUCUAUUCUAGACGAUGAGAUUCCACUGCUGCGUCGACUUGCGAACGAUUCAAGGUAG